AUGGCCACCAUCUACAUCGACGAGGACGUCGGCCGGGACGAUUCGACCGCGACCGGUUCUGAAUCGGCCCCCUACAAGACUCUUGUCCAUGCAUACCUCCAACACCCCCCCGCCGAGGGCAAUCAAUACUUGAUGCGCAAAUCUCAGACGGAUGCCCCCGGAGAGGACGUUGACCCAGCCGCCAAGUUGGAGUGGAAGCCAGCGACCAAGUCGGCCACAAAGAAGGCGCUCAGCAUUGUCGAGCAGCGGAAGAAGAAGGCAGCCAAGGAGCAGGAAUUGGCCAUUCGCGAGAAGCAGGAAGCUGAAAAGCGUCAGAAGGUUCUGGAGGAGGCCAAGAAAGUUGUCAUCACAGAAGAUCCCUCUUUGCCCAAGCCUGUGCGAAUUCGCCUGGAUGUCACCGACCCUGCUAUCGUCAAGCUUGGAUCCCCCGAAACACAAACUGCAGGCACUCGUGUCCGUGUGCUGGGACGAGUCCAUCGCCUGCGCGUCCAGAAGGAUGUGAUCUUCCUGACUCUUAGUGACGGCUACGGCUACUUGCAGUGUGUUCUGACGGGAAACCUGACAAAGACCUACGACGCCAUGACUCUCACUCUCGAAACCUCCAUGGCCAUCCAUGGAGAGAUGCGCGCGGUGCCUCCCAAGCAGCAUGCGCCCAACGACCGGGAACUGCAUGCGGAUUUCUUCACCGUCAUUGGCCGCGCUGCCGGUGACAAGGAGGCCAUCACCACCCGUGUGGCCAAGGAUGCCGACCCGCAGACCCUUUACGACAACCGUCACCUCGUCCUGCGUGGAGAGACCUCCUCGGCUGUGAUGAAGGUGCGCGCCGCCUGCCUCAAGGCUUUCCGUCAGGUAUUUGAGGAGAAGCGCAUGCUGGAAGUGACCCCGCCUGCCAUGGUGCAGACGCAAGUCGAGGGUGGCAGCACCCUGUUCAAAUUCGACUACUACGGCGAAGACGCAUACCUCACCCAAUCCUCCCAGCUCUACCUGGAAACCUGCCUGCCCUCUCUGGGUGACGUUUUCUGUGUCUGCCCUUCCUUCCGCGCCGAAAAGUCCCUCACCCGUCGUCAUCUGUCCGAGUACACCCACAUCGAGGCAGAGCUCGACUUCAUCACCUUCACCGACCUGCUCGACCACCUCGAAGAGGUCAUCUGCCGGGUCAUUGAGCUGACCCUCGCCGACCCCGCCACCGCUGCCCUCAUCAAGCAGCUCAACCCCGACUUCAAACCUCCCAGUCGCCCCUUCCGCCGCAUGAAGUACGCCGACGCCAUUCAGUGGCUGGUCGAACAUGACAUUCCCAACGAGGAGGGCAAGCCCCACCAGUUCGGUGACGAUAUCGCCGAAGCUGCCGAGCGCAAGAUGACCGACAUCAUCAACCAGCCCAUCUUUCUGACCCAUUUCCCCGCCGAGAUCAAGGCCUUCUACAUGAAGAAGGAUCCUGAAGAUCGCCGCGUCACCGAGAGUGUCGACGUCCUCAUGCCUGGUGUCGGCGAGAUUGUCGGUGGCAGUAUGAGAAUGGACGACUGGGACGAACUGAUGGCCGCCUACAAGCACGAGGGAAUGGAUCCCACCCCGUACUACUGGUACACCGAUCAGAGAAAGUACGGCACAUCCCCUCAUGGUGGAUACGGUCUCGGUCUCGAGCGGUUCCUCGCUUGGUUGUGUGCCCGCUACACAGUCAGAGACUGCUGUCUGUAUCCUCGUUUCACCGGUCGUUGCACACCUUGA